AUGGCUACCCCUAGCGUUCUAGUCUUUGAUGCUGAGGGUCGGGCUGUUGACUUUGAGGUCUGGGUCAAUGAUCUACAACUUUUCCUACAGUACGAUAGGAAGGAAAGUCUCUCACUGUUCGAUCUCACGUCUGGCGCCUCUGCUGCCGAUGCUGACAGCACUGUUCGCUCACAGUGGGCCACACGCGAUGCUGCUGCCCGUCUUGCUAUGCUCACCCGACUCCCUGACUCCCUUCGCUCGGGCAGGGACCACUUCCUCUCUGCUUGCCCCACCACACUCACCGUUGACCUCCUCGAGGAGCGCCUCCUGGCAGCUGAGAAGAGUAUAGUCGCUGUAGGAGCCUCUCGUGGUGACCCUCGUGCCCCCUUCUUUGAGGGGUGCUCCCCCUCCCCCCUUUUGCCCUCUGUUGCCUCUGCUGCUGCCGUCGACUUCGUUGGCACCGAGUCGGUCAGUGCUGCGUCUGCCCCUAGCGGGAGACGUCGCACCGGCAAGGGCAAGGGGGGCAAGGGCGCUGGAGGGGCUGGCGGGGGCGGUGGAGGUGGCGGUGGAGGCGGCGGAGAGAGUGGGGGUGGCGGUGGGAGUGGUGGCGGGGGUGGGGGCUUCGGUGGCGGCGGUGGCGGCAGAGGCGGCGGCGGCGGUGGCGAUGGGAGCAGAGGAGGAGGCGGUGGCGGCGGUGGCGGAGGUGGCGGCGGCAGAGGUGGAGCUGGUCGGGGUGGCUCUGGGCAGCUGGGCGGCUUCGGUGGUGGUCAGCGCCAGCAGCAGCAGCGCACUCGUGAGACCCCGCCCCCCCAGCAGCUUCGUGAGUGGUACGCUGCGCGUCAGCGGGGUGGGGGUGCUGGUCCUUGUGCCUACGUCCUGCGUACCGGCGACCACACUGGUGAGCCGUGCGUUGGCCCGCACACCACCCAGCGCUGCUUACCUGUAUGUUCCGCCUGA